UAAAAUUGUUAAUAUGUUUUUAACUUUGAAAUCCAAUUAAUAUUAAUAAUAUACAAAAAUGCGUUAUGCACAACUUGUUAUUGGACCAGCGGGAAGUGGGAAGAAAUUACAUCUUUCUCCUUCGUACUUGAUUGGUCCUGUUGAAAUUACUUUUUUCUGUUUUGAAACAGUCCACAUACUGUAGUGCUAUGGUCCAGCAUGGUAUUGAUACUAAAAGGCACAUUGACGUCGUAAAUUUAGAUCCAGCUGCAGAAUAUUUUGAUUACAACCCCUUGGUGGACGUUCGUGAGCUAAUACAGGUCGAGGAUACAAUGGAAGAUGAAGAACUACAUUUUGGGCCUAACGGAGGACUGAUCUUCUGUAUUGAAUAUUUAUUAGAAAAUUCCGAUUGGCUUCAAAAUAAAUUAGGUGACCAAGAAGAUGACUAUAUAUUGUUUGAUUGUCCAGGGCAAAUUGAAUUGUACACUCAUCUUACAGCAAUCAGAAAGUUGAUAAAUCUCUUACAAAACUGGAAUUUUAAUGUGUGCAGUGUUUUUUUAGUGGACGUUCAGUUUAUGACAGACGGUGCUAAAUUCUUAUCAGGAACAAUGGCUGCACUAAGUGUAAUGGUUAAUCUCGAAAUUCCGCAUGUAAACUUGCUAUCAAAAAUGGAUUUGCUUAGUAAAAGUGCCAAGAAACAAUUAGACCGAUUUCUAGAACCUGAUUCCCAUGCAAUUUUGGGCGAUAUUGAACUCAGAACAACCAGAUUCAAUGAAAAACAUCAAAGAUUAACGGAAGCAAUUGGAAGGCUUGUUGAAGACUAUUCUUUAGUGCGUUUUAUUCCUUUGAAUCUUAAGGACAAUGAAAAUGUGGCAGACGUACUUCUAACCAUUGAUAAUGUGAUACAGUUUGGUGAAGAUCAAGAUGUAAAAGUUAAGGAGUUUGAAGCUUUAGACCCAGAAGACGAUGAUGGUGGUUGAAACAAAAAAUUGGACAUUUUUGCUUUAUAAUUUAAUAAAUUAAGUAGUACUUGUUGGUUCUUUUACUGAUCUUUAAUUAAUAAUAAAAGCAUAUUUUUAA